AUGUCAGCUGCAAUCUCGAAUUCUCAAAGUAAAAUCAAUGAACUACUAGAAGCUGUUAAACAAGAAUUUGCUCAAGUUUCUCAAGAUGCAAAUUCUUACCGUUUACAGAAUCAAAAAGAUUAUGAUUCAAAAAUAAAUCAACAGUUGGCUGAAAUGCAACAAAUAAGAAAUACUGUUUAUGAGUUAGAACUUACUCAUAGAAAAAUGAAAGAUGCUUAUGAGGAAGAAAUAAAUCGUUUGAAAAUAGAAUUAGAUCAAAGAGAUCGUCAACUUGCAUCUUUAACUGCUCAUCAUCAUCAACAGCAGCAACAUCAACAGCAACAACAUCAACAACAUCAGCAACAAGGCUCUCCAGCUAUGCUUAAUGUUCCAUUUUCUUCCCAUAUGCAACAAGGUGCUCCAUCUGCUGUUCCACAACCUCAGUUUCAAGGUAAUGUAAGCAACCAAAUGCCUCCACAACUACCUGUUAUUACUUCCAAUCAACAACAGCAAUUGCAACAGCAACAAAAUUUGCAAGGCAACUAUAUGGUUACUAACCCGUUGCCAGUACCUACAGUUCAAUCUCAAAUCACUCAACAAGAAGGCAGUCAGCAAAUGAUUCCUCCAAUUGAGGCACCAAGUAAUAAUGUAGCCACACCAGCUACACAACCUAUUCCAAUGGCUGGUACCCCUGCUACUUCUGCAGUUCAAGCACCAACUCAGGCUCCAGUCGCAGCUAAAGCAACUGCCACACCUUCUCUACCAGCUGUAGCUAGCCAAACUUCACCAGUUGUACAACCUGUUUCUACACCACCAGUAGCUGGUGCCGCCCCUGCUCCUGCAGCUACUGCUUCUUCAACUACAACACCAGUUGCUCAAGAAUCAGCACAACCUACUAAAACACAAACUCCUGUUGAAGAAGAAAAACCACAAGUUACAAAAGAAGAAGAACGUAAACCAGCUGUAGCAGGAACAACAGAAGAACAAGAAAGUCAUUAUCUAGUUCCAUAUAAUCAACGUGCAAAUCAUACCAAACCAAUUCCACCAUUUUUGCUAGACUUAGACUCUCAGAUUGUUCCGCCUCAUUUGAAGAAACAGACAAACGAUUAUUAUAUCUUAUAUAAUCCUGCAUUGCCAAGGGAGAUUAAUGUUGAUUUAUUACACUCAUUAGAUCACACUUCAGUAGUUUGUUGUGUUAGAUUCAGUAAUGAUGGUCAAUUCUUGGCUACAGGUUGUAAUAAGACUACUCAAGUUUUCAGGGUUUCCGAUGGUGAGUUAGUUGCUAGAUUAUCUGACGACUCGACUUCACAAGGUGUCCAAGGUCAAUCUGAUGCCGCCAAUGGUACUGCAGAUGGAACUUCUGGUGAAACUAAUUCUUUUGCCACAUCUACUUCUGCCUCUUCGGAUUUAUAUAUCCGUUCUGUAUGUUUCUCUCCAGACGGUAAGUUCUUAGCUACUGGUGCUGAAGAUAGAUUGAUUAGAAUUUGGGAUAUUGCCCAAAAGAAGAUUGUUAUGGUAUUACAAGGUCAUGAACAAGAUAUUUACUCUUUGGAUUACUUCCCAUCUGGUGACAAAUUAGUCUCUGGUUCUGGUGACAGAACUGUUAGAAUCUGGGACUUACGUAAUGGACAAUGUUCAUUGACCUUAUCCAUUGAAGAUGGUGUCACUACAGUAGCUGUUUCUCCAGGUGAUGGUAAAUACAUUGCUGCUGGUUCCUUGGACCGUGCAGUUCGUGUUUGGGACUCUGAAACUGGUUUCUUAGUUGAAAGAUUAGAUUCUGAAAAUGAAUUAGGUACAGGUCAUAAGGAUUCUGUUUACAGUGUAGUAUUCACUAGAGAUGGUAAUAACGUUGUAUCUGGUUCUUUGGAUAGAUCUGUUAAAUUAUGGAAUUUACGUGGUGAUAACAAUCAAGAUGUUAAGCCAAACGUACCCGGUACUUGUGAAGUCACAUACACUGGUCAUAAGGAUUUUGUUUUGUCUGUAGCAACUACACAAAACGAUGAAUACAUCUUAUCCGGUUCAAAAGAUCGUGGCGUUUUAUUCUGGGAUACCAAAUCUGGUAACCCAUUACUAAUGUUACAAGGGCAUAGAAAUUCUGUCAUUUCUGUUGCAGUUGCUAAUGGAUUCCCAUUAGGUCCAAAUGUUGGUGUCUUUGCUACUGGUAGCGGUGACUGUAAAGCUAGAAUCUGGAAAUAUACAAGAGCCCCAGCUACUGAAAAUAUAAAUGACCCAAAAAUUAAAGAAGUUAAAGAAUAA